GGCCGCCCUAUGCUCUUAGCUAUAUAGCAAACAUAUGACACAUAUAAUGUUCUUAAAGCAAGCCUACUAUAAAAGACAUACAAGAGUCUGUUUUAGAGCACUUUAGGUCCAGAUCUGAAGGAUUAAACAACAAUAUGAUUCUAAAAAUUAUCCUGUUGACGUGCAUGGUGGCAGCUUCGCAUGCUUUGGUGGCGCCUGUUGCUGGUGUCUACGGGUCGCCAUACGGAGGCUGGAACCCCUACAGCGCGUACCCUGCGCAGCCGGCGCUGGCCACUCAGCACUCCAACAUCCUGAGAUCGCCAUUUAACCUUGGACAGGUAUCUACAUACUCGAAGAGCAUAGAUACGCCUUUUUCCAGCGUCCGUAAAGCAGAUAUUCGUGUUAGCAACCCCGGCAUCGCAGUGGCUCCCGCCUAUGGAGGUCUAGCGUCUCCAUACGUGUCCCACCUUGGAGUAGCCGCCCCUGUGGCUAAGGUGGCAGCAGGUGGUCUCCUAGGAGUAGCAUACUCCGCAGCGCCAGCCGUCUCUCAUAUGACGUACAGCAAUGGCUUGGGCCUCGCGUACGCUUGGUAAACACAGGAAUUCUUAGAACAAUGUUUUAUGUAACUAAUAUUUAACGAAUUGAAUGAUUCCUCUUUGAUUGUUACCUACUAGCUUAACAUAUUUAUUAUAGUUUUGUAAGUGCCUAUGAAUAAAUGUAUUUUCAAUUCAA